CCAAAACGGACCCUGGUCCGCAUCCAUCUUGGCUCAAGGUUAGCUCGAGCUUCUUCGUUGUGCCCUGGUGCUUCGACCGACGCUGUACUCGCCACUGUUGUUGCAGUCGCCGCCCUGGGGCUCGCUCGGCCGAUGGUGCAGAUUGAGGUCGGCGCUGAGCCCGGCAACGCGCCACCCGAGGACGAGAAGCCUCCGGCCGAGCCCGUCGCCUCCUACCGCGAGUUCUUCCAGUUCCUCAAGGGGUCGGAGAAGGUUCUGGUGGCGCUCUCGUUCGUCGGCUCGGCUUCGUCUGGCGUCGCGCAGCCCGGCAUGCUUGUCGCCUUCUCCGCACUCUUCAAGCAGCUCAGCGCCAGCGACAGCGGCGGCGUGCAGGUCCCUGACGAUGUCAUGCUCGAGAUGCUGUACAUCAUGAUCGUCCUCGGCCUGGUCUCGUUCAUGGGAAUGUGGAUUUCGAAUUGGGGCAUCGACACGGUGACGUCACAGCAGGUGCUCCAGUAUAAGUCGGCGUACCUCAAGGCGGUGCUGCGGCAGGACGUCGGCUGGUACGACACGAGCCACCCCGAAGAGCUCGCGACCCGGUUUGCGGAGGCCAUGGUUAAGGUGCAGAAGGGCUUCAAGAGCUUGCCCAUGGUCUUCAUGGGGCUGGGUUACGGCUUCGGCGCGCUGGUCGUGGCAUUCUUGCCCCAGUACGGGCAUCCAGCCGUGGCGGGUGUCACCAUCGCCACCGUGCCUCUACUGGCAUGUGCCGGGAUGGCGAUGAUGUAUUUCGUCGAGAACGGCUCGAAGUUGGUCGGGAGCGCUUAUGCCAGCGCGGGUGGUAUUGCAACCGAGUGCCUCUUCUCGAUGCGCACGAUCACCUCCCUCGGCAUCGAGAGGGAGUACGAGAACCGGUACGCCUCCUCGCUGCAUGGCGUCCGGAAGGUCACCGUGACCGCCACCAUGAUGCUCAUGAUGUUUGCUGGCCUUGCUCUCGCGUCGUACCUCGUGAUGAUGAUUGUAGCGAUCGCCUUCGGCGCCUUCCAGCUCGCCAGCGAAGUUGAGCAGUCGGAGUUCCCGCUGGUGGUGCCGUUCUCAAACGGGACUUACCACUACUGUGGCGACGGCACGACGGGCGCCUACGCUGGCACCAGCGACCCGCCCUGCGACACGCCGUUCCUAAUGUCGUGCGCCCUUGCCAACUACAUCUCCAUCGACGAAGCGAGCCUGGAGGCCUUGGGCUUCAGCAGCAAGGACAGCUUUGAUGAGUACGUGACGGACGCAGACCGUGCCCCGGGGCCGUACCUGGCGGACAAUGGUUCCUAUUACAACUGCCAGUGGGGCGGCACCAAUAUUCUCAUCUCGGCGGCGGGCGAGGGGGGGAAGUGAGACGGAGAAGGCCCUCUCAGAAGUCGGGGGGCUUUUUUCAG